AUGUCUCUCAACGAAAGGGCUGCUGAUUCUACGCCCGCGGAGUACGGGCGCUCCCCGACCUCUGUCACAAAAUACACUCACUCGACUGCCGCUGGGCUGCCCGCCCCCCUACAAUCUGCUGUCCCCAGGGCGGCAUACGCUUCUCUUCCCACCAACAUGCCCGACCCGGCACUGUCACGCUUCGAGCGCUGGGCGAUAAAUGCUUCUGACUCCCAGUUCAAUGCGCUGGCUGGUGCGAUAGGAGGGUUUACUUCGGGUAUAGUAACCUGCCCCCUCGACGUCAUCAAGACCAAACUUCAGGCCCAGGGCGGCAUCAACCUUCAGAGGGGGAUCCACGUCGGCCAACCGCAGAUGUACAAGGGCCUAUUUGGCACGGCCAGCGUGAUAUGGAGAGACGAGGGUCUGCGUGGCAUGUACAGAGGCCUCGGCCCUAUAAUCAUGGGCUAUCUGCCGACUUGGGCCGUCUGGUUCACAGUCUACAACAAAAGCAAAACAGUUAUAGGCCAGCACCAGAACAACACCAUCAUUGUCAAUUUCUGGUCCUCCAUCGUGGCCGGAGCCAGCAGCACCAUCGUCACAAACCCCAUCUGGGUUAUCAAGACACGCCUCAUGUCGCAAUCUGGCCGGAACGGCGGGGGACGGUUCUCUCUGUUUCCCAGAGGCGCCGGCACGCCCACGGUUCGGCCGUCCUUGCCGUCGCCAUGGCACUACCAUUCCACCCUGGACGCGGCCAGGAAGAUGUACACCACAGAGGGACUUCGAGCCUUCUACUCUGGACUCACUCCAGCUUUGCUGGGCUUGACUCACGUGGCAGUGCAGUUCCCCGCUUACGAGUAUCUCAAGACAAAAUUCACAGGACAGGGCAUGGGCGCCUCGUCCACCGAAAGCGACCCCAAAUCUCACUGGAUCGGUAUUCUCAGCGCCUCCAUACUGUCCAAGAUCAUGGCCAGCAGUGCCACUUACCCACAUGAGGUCAUACGUACCCGACUUCAAACUCAACGACGGCCCAUGGCCGGCAACGGCUUGGUGCUAGACCCCGUGAGCGAGAUCCCAGGCCUGAACCAGCCUUUAGGUCCCGCUUUCUCCGCCGCCGAGAACUUGGCCAAGCAGAGACUCGAACAAGAGCAGCAGCAGCAGAGAUAUCGGGGUAUUGUCAGGACAUUCCGGACUAUCCUAAAAGAGGAAGGCUGGAGGGCCUUCUACGCCGGCAUGGGCACAAACAUGAUGCGGGCAGUCCCGGCUGCCACAGUGACCAUGUUGACGUAUGAGUUUGUUAUGCGCGAGCUCAACGGAGCCCGCAAGCAUGGCAAGGAGAAAACGAGGUUGCACGGCGACCCAAGCUUUGACUGA